GCCAAGGAAGCAGGAAGGUUGGGAAAGGAGCUUCUGGAAGCGAGCAGGCUGCUGUUGGCUCUGGGGAAGGCUUAACCCAUCCCGGUUAACUCCCUGCUCCCUCCAGCUUCCCGGCUGAGCCCAUCACGUGUCCGGGAAGGUGCAAGGUCCAGCUGGGCAGGGAUCGAGGGACAGCAGCACCCUGCCAAAUGGAGUGCCUGCUCUUCCUCCUGGCUCUCCUGCAGCUCCUGGCUGCCACCGCUGCCACGUACAAACAGUGGAUCCCCAACACCAAUUUUGAAACGGCCUCCAACUGGGAUAAAGGCAGAGUCCCCUGUGCCAGGGAUGUGGUUCACUUUGAGAAGGACAAGGUUGUCUCAGUCUUCGUCAGGUCUCCCCACGCGCUGACAGACAUGUACCUGCCCCUGAGCGGAGAAUUCGUGCUGGCAGCUGGUGCAGCAUUCACAGCUUUCGAUGGCAGCUGGGAUCCAGGCUGUGACUCAGGUGGAACAGUGAGGUUUGCUGAUGCUGAGCACCAUGCCUGGUUUGACCCCACUCUGUGGCAGGAUGUUCUUCCCAGUGGGGAGCUCAAGGCAGAUGGGCCCAUCUUUUCUGUGGACGAGGAGCGUGUCCCGUGCCACUAUGAUGAUGUUAUCUUCCAGCCCCAAACCUCCUUCCGGGUGAACACCGACUCAUCCCAGCCUGUGAUCCGCCUCCGCAGCAUCUCUGUCAUGGGCCAGGAGCUGAACACCCCAUCAUCCUGGGCGGGGUACCUGGGGGGGCCCUCUGCCCCGCUGCAGUUUCAUGGCAAUGGCACUCUCCAGGUGACAGGCACUGGCUGUCCUGACAAGUCUGGCUGUGCCUGUGGGAACACCCUGGACGGCCCCCGCAUCUGCGCAGCCCUGCUCAGGGCAUCAGGGAGGCAGUGCCCAGAGCCAGCGUGCCAGAGCCCUUUGCAGCCCCUUGGCCACUGCUGUGGGGUCUGUGGGGCCACCAUUAACCUGGAUUUCACUCCUGAUUUUGACCUGCAGAAGUAUCAGGACAGAUUGGUCCAAGAGCUGCUGAGCCAGCCCAAAUACGCCGGUGUGCAGAUGGCCAUAUCCAAGGUGCACAAAGCACAGACCUUCCUGGGCAUCGUGUCCCGAAGCGCCACUCCUGUCAUCCAGAUUGUGCUGGUUGAUGACAGAGCAGGAGGGCAGGCGGGCACGGCUGCGGAGCAGCUGGCAGCAGACAUCAUGGAGAGCAUAGCACAGCACGGUGAAGCUCUCGGCAUUUCAAGUGGCAAAAUGGAAGUGGCCACUGGCAGCACUGCCAGCGGGCAAGUGGGGAGUCACCCAGUGAGCAGGAUCACAGUGGGGACCGUCAUGGGGCUGCUCUUCAGUCUCCUGCUCCUUGCAGGGAUCCUCUUUCUCUACAGAAAGGGAAAGCUGAGGUUGCCCGUCCUGCGCCCGCCCCAGCCCUGGCACCGCCUGGAGGAGCCGGCAUCCCCUGCACCAGCCAGCGACCAAGGCUUCGACAACCCCGUGUUCAGCGUGGAGCCUCCAGAUGCUGACCUUGGAGAGGAGUUACCAAAAGAUCUCCAGGUUUUCUACCUCAACCCUCUGUACGAUGCAAGCGAGACAGAGACCUGAUGGUGUGGACUCAUGCUGAAGGCAGACACCACUCCCCUGGGGACACCACCAUCUCUCCAGCCCCUCACACCACUCCUGGUGGGAUUUAAGCCAGAAGCAGAUCCCACCUGAAUAAAAGUGUCUGUGCAGUGAAGGAAACCAUAGCAAACCUUCACUGCUGGGACUCAGUCACAUGGA